AUGGAAGGACUCAACGGUAUCAAAGGGUUCUCAGGCAUAGGAAACAACGGCAACGGCUCCUUAAGUUCAAUCAACAAUCUAACAGUUUCUAUCAAUAAUGAUCUACUAAAUGAUCCAGAUUUAGUUGAUGAAAUGAAAUUUCAAAGACCUUCGCUUAAUAACGAUCCUAAUAGUGGAAGUAGCAAUUCAGAUGAUAUCAGUAAUAGCGGUAGUGUUAUAUUGACACCUACAAGCAAUCUAGGAUCUCCAUUAAAGUUAUUAAACGAUCUGAUCGCUGAAAAGGAUUCGAAUCAUCCAUUAUCAAAGUCGCACUUAAACUCAAAUUCAACUUCAAAUUCAAAUUCAAAUUCAAAUUCAAACUCCCAUAUUAAUAACGAUGACGAAUCGAUAGGAUUAUCAAACGCUUAUGACUAUUCAGACUCUGACUUCGAAGAUAACCUAGAAGAACGAUUAAAAAAUAUGAACGUCGAAGAUAAUACUAUUAAUAGAACACCUCCAAAUAUUAAAGAUGACUCUUCGGAUUAUGGCAAUACAGAUGAGGAACAAGAACAGGAACAAGUUCAAAAGGAUGAUAAAGGAAUAGAUGAUGAUGACGACCUUGAGGAAGAUGAAGAAGAUGAACUAGAAGAUGACGACAGUUAUCAGCAGUUACCGCCACCAAAAGAAUUGGAUCCAGAAAAAGUUUAUGCACUAUACGCAUUUGAUGGUCCAGAUCCUUCACAUUGUAAGUUAGAACAAGAUGAAGCAUGUAUAUUAUUAAAUGAUCAAGAUUCUUAUUGGUGGUUGGUUAAAAAAUGCCGUAAUAAUAAAAUCGGGUUUGCUCCUGCUGAAAUUCUAGAAACAUUCCCAGAGAGAUUAGCAAGAUUAAACUGUUGGAAAAACGAAAAUAUGUCAAAUCAAUCUUUGAAUAGUAGGUCUGAGAAUAUUCUUAAAAUCAAUUCGGCUAAUGAACAAGAAUCUUCAAGUACCACCAAUGAUGCACCAACAGAAGAAAAUGAUGCCGGUGAUGGCGAUUCAAAUAAAGACUAUAAUUUAAAAGACUAUAAUAAGACAAACAAAUCGGUGAGUUUCAGUGAUGUGAUAACGUAUGCAGAUAGAUUUGUAACAGAAUCUGAUGAUUCUGAAGUUUCGUUCAAAUUGUACGAUGAGUUUACCGAGGUCGAAAUGAAUAAUGAUGAUGUAAGUGAGGUUGUUAGCGAUGUUUCAUUUGCAAUCGAUUCAUUAAAGCCAUUGAACGUUAAGAAAGUGAGACAAUCUCGAUCAACCACAAAUGAAGAUUCAAAAGAGAAACAUCCUACCCCUCCUGCCUCACCUGAUACUUCAGAUGCAACUAUAGUACUUACGACUUCGACUCCUGUCAGUGUUUCCAUAGAAGAUACUGAUGCCAACAUAGCGAUUGAAGAUAACGUACAGAAGAUAUUUGAAGCUCCAGUGCCACCAUUUGGCGCCACUAACACUUCAACCAAAUUACAAAAUUCAAAUUCAGAUUAUUCUAUCUCUACAAUUGGAGAAUUUUCCCCUUCAUCUUCAGAGUUCACCAAUGAUUCACCACAAAUGCAAGACCAAGAAUUCGAACCGGAAAAUACAUCUUUACCAUCAUCUAGAGCUAUCCAAGAUAUAUCGAAACUAGUAAAAUCUAACACCGACCUUACGACUACUCUAGAGAGUAAAACAGAGGAGACUAUUGUUCAUAUCAGUAAUGCUUCAACGGAAAUAAGUACAAAAAAAUUGGAUGUGGAAGAAUCAAUAGCGAAAUAUAUAAAAACAGACGAUGAUGAGAAACAAAAUGAAGGGGAAGAAGUCACCAAUUUUACAGAAAAAAGCACGAAUAUUUCUUCAAAUUAUUCAGACUCAUCAAACUCAAUUGAUAAUAUAGAAAAGCAAGAAGUAUCAGAAGUCAUAACUUCUGCCCAUAAUUCCUCUUCUGAUGAUUUUUACAUGGAAACUGAACGAAUCCCAUCUAGCAUGAGUAUUAGUAGUACUCAUUCAGUUGGUAAAAAUGCAUCCACAACAAACCAUAAAAAUAUAGAAAGCAUCGAUGGCAUCUCCCAACAUCCAUUAAUUGAACAAUUGUACAAUCCGAUAUUUGACAAAAUGAACAACUUAAUGAGACAAAUCGACGACAUUGUUCAAGAAUAA